UUCAAAAUGGGAACAAGGAAGUGAAUUGACUGACUUGAUGGGUGUGAAAAAUGUAUGGGAUGUUGCUUAUUAACCUUCAAAACAUUGCAGAUACAUGUUGAAACGGCAUGGCAAGGUAUUGUGGACCCGAAUAUUUUUAUGCGCCCGACCCUGGAACAGAUGGCCAGUUCGGUGCCAGAUUUCCACCAUGGGUUACUCAAAUGAAAAAGUGCUCAAUACAGUAUACCUAUGAAAAUGAAAAGUGUGUACGGCUUGAUGAAACGUUUGAAAGACAGAAACUUGCGUAUGUAUUCACUCUCAUGAAGGAUGACAUUUACCACUAUCUUCGCACACAUGCAAUUACAUGCCAAGUUAAGGUCACUGACGAGGAGUAUAAUAUUGAUCUUUUCUGCCAAAAAAGACCAACGCCUGAUCGAAUUAUCACACUUUUACGUGACAAACUCAACGAUAUUGAAUAUUUUUGCAUUAACUUAAAUGCACAAGAAGGCCAAAACGUAAAGCACGUGUUGCACAAUAGGCCAACUACUCCCAAACCAAUUCGCGAUAAAAAGGCAAUUGUUCUAAGACAUGGGAUGAUGUUACACUGUGUGGCUGGCAAUGUGGACCAUCUUGACAAUCUAUUGAUUGAAAUGAAUUACAACGAAACUGAAGUUACUGAGUUAGCCGAUUACCCCAUUAACCUGUCAGCACUUGGAAUUCAGAAGUCAUCUUUGCACCAAAAUGUUUUAAUUGAAAUUCAAGAGUCUGAACAAAAAUGCGUGAUCACCUGGAAAGGUAGAAAAAAAGAAGAUCAGAAGAAUUAAUUCAGAUAUUUCUGAAUGGUUGUGCUAAGUAUGAAGUAAACUUUAUAGAUGAAAAAACAAAGACAUCAUUUAGAGAAGAGGCCCUUAAAGUCCUCUUUGAUCAGGACGGCACAAUGAAUGAAACAUACUGGGCAUAUUUGAAAAAGGAAGGAGUACGCAAGGGUAAAAAGUGCACCCAUUUUGCUCUAACACAAAAUGAUAAUUCUAUCGUUUUGUAUGGACGUGGCGAGAAUAUUUCAUUUCUUAAGACCAAUAUAGACAAUUCAUUGUCUCGGCUCGAUCUCCCAAACAUCUUCUUUCGUUCAAAAGAAGGUAGGAAAUUCCUUACGAAGUACAAAAACAAAUUAACAUACAAUUUGAUGACCGGUGUUGUGGUGUGUACACAAGAUCUGAGAGACAAUUUGUUGCAAAUUUCCCAGAGUAGCCGCGAUAAAAUGUCAAGCAAAGGCUUCGGUUAUUAUUCUGCGUUUGUUGUAGACAUUUUACAAAAAAGAGCAGGCAAAGAACUGAGUCGCUUGAAGGAAGAAUUUGACAUCGAUUUUCAAAUGAACGAUCGGAGCAUUACGUUGUACAUUGAAGAAGGUCGAUCCUCUUUGAAAAAAGGUGUGAUGGAUUCCGUUUCUAAAUUGAAAGCAUGUACAAAGGUGGAUUUAGCAUUAAGUGGUUUAGAUUUUGCCCAAGUAGGAAAGGUGAUGGAUGUUCAUCAUUGCUCCUGGAAAAUGUUCUCAGAGGGAGAAAUGAAAUGCAUGGGAAGUGAUGAAUGUAGAUUUGUAUGGAUGGAUCCUUACAGAGCAACCAAACUGAGUCUUCUACAAAUAGAUAAAUGCACGCCCUACGUAGACAUAUGGAUUGAAUUGACCACAGAUGAACUGCAACCGUUAGGACUGAACCCGAACUCUCAAGAUCACCGCCUGCUGUCAGGCCACAACAGGAAAACAAAUGAUAAAAGAGUCGGAUACACAGAAGUGGUAAACGGACCAUUUCCAACCUCAUGCGUAUUGGCUGGGUGCAGCAUGGUUUUGGCUAUUGUAGUUCGAGCUGAUAUAGACGAGACUAAUUCAGAUGUCAUUGAAAACAAAACCCUUCGCGGGAUCUUCGUCAAUGCGCUUGAAAAGUCUAGACAUGUGCAACGAAAUGUAUGCCUGAAUGCAGUAUUUGCACAGAAAGAUCCGGAAUUGGCACUUGCGGAUGUUAUCUCACAGUUUAUUAUGGCAAUCGAUACUGUUUCUAAGCAAGCAAGACCUGAAUUCACCCAGAAGGUGUCCAUUAUCGUAGAUGAGAAAGAACUAGAAGUCGCAAAACGUCUUAUUGAAAGUCGAAUGUCAAAGAAUGUAAUGGUGUGCGACAAACCGCACGUUUUCGAAAAAAAGACGCGAUCAGAAAGCCAUUUGAAACUGAUGGUGAUUGUUGGAACUAUUACGGAUUCUAAAUGUGAUGCAAUUGUGAAUACAACGAACAAAAGGCUCGACCUUUCACAAGGUUUUGUUUCAAAGGAAAUUUCAAAGCUAGCAGGGAAUGGACUAAAGGAAGAGUGUGAACAAUUCUACCCAAAUGGUAUUGAAGAAGGAAUCGUCGCCUAUACGAAAUCGCAUGAUCUCAAAAAACGAAAAAAGAUUAAUUAUGUUUUUCACUGUGCACUUCCGGAUUACAAAAGUGCAACAUUUGAAACGAAUGUUAAAGACACAGUUAAAUCGUGUCUCUACUUGGCAGAAGAACUUGGCUGCAAAACAAUUGCCUUUCCGACACUUGGUGUUGGCAAUAAAAUGUACCCUCGAAGGGAAACCGCUUCAACGAUUAUGAAAGUGGUUGAAGACUUCUCAAAAGCAGUUGACCUUUCAGACUUAAAAAAAGGUUCUCUUGGUAUGCUUGCUUUUCAAGCCGAGUCUUGGAGAAGAUCGGAGGAAUGCAAUGCACCAGAAAAGAAUGCUGAAAGAAAGCUGUCAGACAAAAUAGUCGGGACCAAAACAAUUGUUUCAACGACGCUAGCCAUUGCCGUUCAAGACAAUUCAAUAAAACUGCCAUCAUUUGCCGUGCAAGUUAAGUUCGAUAAAGAGAAGGGAUGUCUUGUAUGGAAAUCCGCAAUGGAGCCGCCGAUGACAUGGAACGAUGAAUUGAACUUUGAUGCAAUAGAAAGUUUACAAGAGAGCCGCUGUAUACCAGGACUUCUAAAAUAUAUAGAUAUGGAGAGAAUCACAUUUCUAGUUUGGAAUCUGGAUAGAGAUUCAAAACGCUCGUAUGGGGACCAGAUAGAAUUGAUUGCCAAUGCACAUGGAAGGAUGUUAGAACAAGGCAAUGUUUACCAUCAGAAGGCUGUGAUAUUGGUGCCCGACAUCGCUGCUGUUACAAGUUUCCGAGAGAAAGAAAAAGCUAAGGAAGAGUCUUUAUGGUCGUGGGAUGAAUGUUUGGACGCGGUGAUGGUGGUGGUCGGUCCAAGUGAGGCGCAUACUUUGAAGGCAAAUGAGCAAGUUGCAAAGAUGAUCGAAGAAAAGAAAAAAUCAAUCAUGAGGCAACAAGGACCAAAGGCAGAUGAAGAAGACAGACAAGUAGGGACAGAAUCUAUCUUGCAUGGAAAUGGAAAGAAAACACUAGCGAAGAAUACCCGAAGAUUAUUCCCGCAGUUUCGGCCACGAUUAAUCCCGGAAUUAUGCGGUUCAUAGGAAAUGGCUUCAACCGAUGGAAAGACAUGUUUGAGCAAACCUUUCAUAUUGAAAUUACAAAAACACAUGAUGGAAUUACUGGAGUGCGUGGUAAUUACAAAGACGUUGAGCAUUUUGAACAGUACUUAUCAAAGGAUUUUCCAUCAGAGAUCAAUCUUAACAAAUAGUUUUUUGUAUAAGAUGGAAUUUGCAUUGUGAAACUAGAUAUUCUCCGUGGAAGUAUAUUGUUGGUGAACAUUUGAGAAAAAGGCAUCUUCAAUCGGGAAACAUUGUUUAUGUUUUGUUUUAAUACUGGCAUGCAUAUAAAAUGUUUCCGAUUGCAACAAUUAUACCUUAGUGCAUAAAUUUUCAAAAUAUAUUAUAACUAUUAUUGUACGAAAUGUAAGACGACACAAUGUUGCUAAAAUUUAAGGAAAUACCUUUCGUGCUGAUAUGUAGCAUUACUAUUAAUCUGCAUAAAAAUAAAUGUAAAGCUGAGUGACAUCCCAUUCUCGAUGUAAAUUUGAAGAGUGCUUUAAAUAUAUAUAUAUAUUACCCAUUUUGAACUGUGACUGUGCUAGAACGGUUCGAACAACAAACUUUCCCAUGUUUUACAUAUAUGUCAACACUUAAAUGGGAUUGUGUGAAAUCAGAUUUAUUGGUAAAAGAAAGACACCAGGAUUACACAAUGGUGCCGCAAAUAAAAUUUUACCAUUGGUGCUCUCGGCCUGCAGUCGAGGACCACAUCUACUAUACCAGGGUAUAAAACACUCCUUUGGGCUUAUGUAACAUAUAAACAAAAUUCAUAAUUCACAAAAGUGGCCAAUUGUUGCAACUAUUGCAAUUAAUUGAUAGGUCAUGUGAACGUACUUUUUAUAACAAAUAAAUAUUUGUGUCCACAACUUGUGUCUCAGACAGAAGGGUAAGAAGACGUGUUCCGGGGGCAUUUUAUUUUUAAUUUUAUAUUUAAUAUUUCGUGUUUUAUUUUUGAAUUAGUUUAUUUAAACCAAUUCCUAUAUUGUACGAUUGGAAUAACACUGCACUGAAGGUUUUCAAAGCCAUUUUUAAAAGAUAUUAAUCAAUUUGUCAGCUAGAACUUGACAUAAAUUAUUGCACAACCUCAUAACAAGAUGAUGUUGUUUUUAAAUAACCAAAAUACCAGUAGUCAUGUAUAUAAAAAUACGCAAUGCAUGAAUUAGGGUAUCCAAUGGCGAAGGAGUAAACUUCUUGCAUGAUCUACAUAACUAAAACGAAAAGAGAAGAGUUAUUUCACAAAAUGGAGAAAGAAGUCUUUGAAAACUUUAUAUUAGGAUUCGUUUGAAAUCUGCAGGCCUACAAUAGUUAUUAGAUCAGUGAAGAAGAAUAUUUAUUAGAUCAGUGAAGAAGAUGUGUACGGAGUUUAGUCCCCAUCAUGAAAAAUUUUACUGAUUUUGAAAUUAUUAUGUUUUUCACUCUCUUAUUUUUUAUGAAAUGAAUGCAUAUAGUUUAGUUGAUUUGUGCUUUAAGAGAAUAUACUUACUUAGUUUUAUUCACAAUUCUAUAAAACCUUGUACAUCAUUCAAAAUAUGUGUUUUUAAAGUCCAAGUUAUUGUUCUUAGUUACCAUAAAGCGUCAAGAAAUGCAAUUUAGACCAUCAUAUUACUUUUGCAACAAUUGUUUUAUACAGUUAAAUGAACAUUUCCGUGACAAUCUGGCUGCAAAAUAAUGCAAAAAAGCUUUAUUAGAUUAUGUUGCUUGAUUUUUGUCUUACUUCUAUUAUUUUAUUUACUAAGUACAUUUAAUACUUAUAAACAAGAUCAUAUUUAGAUUGUUAACUUCUGUCUUUGACAAUUUGUUUUAGUGUAUGAGACGCCAUCAACGCAAACAUCACGCAAACUAACAUACCAAAAUAAUUUAAAGAUAAGCGUUUUUCGCGAACCGUCGUUGUCGAAAUUUGUCCAGGUCCCCCCCCCCCUGACAAAUACCGAAUACAUAUGACAUUCGACCGAUCGUUCGGAACUUUUUAAAGUAAACAAGUUGUGAAUUGCAUCGCUGAUAACUUUCAACUCUUUACUGCUCUAUAAAUUUAAUGGAUAAACGUUGCAGUAUUUCUUGCAACAUUUAAGAAAACUGUUUCAGCUGUACUUGAUAGUAUUCAAAUAUAUAAACACACCAGCAUAUGUUUCACGUUAAAAAGUUAACAAUGAUGUCGUUAUUUACGUUGUUAACUUUAACAAAGUUCUGAACAAUCGACCCAAUAUGUGUAUGCCAUUUUUACAAUGUUUUAAUGAAUGUGCUUUGUCCAACUUCUGAAUAAUUGCCUUAACAUUUCGUGUCAUUGGUUUAUCCUUGAUAAAAUAUAUUUAAUAUUAGAACUGCCAGAAUUAAAUAAGAUCAAUUGUAUAGUUCGUAUCAAUUUAUUUUCUUAAGCACAAUGAUUAGCAGCAUUUAUAAAUUGAAUCUAAAUGUAUGCACAUACUUACACAUGUAGCUUAGACUCUAUAAAAUAAA